AUGAAGCCUCAAGAUAAGACUAUAUUAGAUGAUGCAAGUAAUGGCUCUCUGACUAAGUACAAGACGGCGACAGAAGCGUGGCAAGUGAUCACCGAUCUAGCUGAGUCUACCCAGAAUGCAAGGCACAGGAACAACCAUCCCAAGGCUAUUGUGGAGGCAGUAGUUUUAACCAAGGUGGGAACUACAAUCAAGGUUGGCAAGACAACUCCAACCAGGGAUAGAGAGAUAACUCCAACCAAGGCUGGAGAGACAAUUCCAACCAAGGAUGGAGGGACAACUACAAUCAAGAAGGCAGAGACAACAGUGAAAAUCAGAGGUGGAACAACAACAAUAAUUAGCAGAAUUGGUAUCAGCAGAACCCUCCUUACCAACAGCAGAACCAAGGCCAGCCUUAUCGAGCACCUCACCAAACGCAAGCCUAGUACACUUUCUUCUCAACUUUUACCUAACCCCAAGGGUAAAAUCAAUGUCAUUACUUUGAGAUCCGGAACCACAUUACAAGAGAGGAGUCAUGAGGAGCCAAGCUCAAGGGAAGACAUUCGAGUUGAAGACAUUGUUGAGGUAGAGGAUGCUGAAGAAGAAGAGGAGAAAGUACAAGACAUGGUUGGAGAAGAAGUAGCUCAACCAAGGAAUGGAGUACCAAAGGAAGAUGAAGUUACAAGGGAAGCCAUUCCCAUUCCUUUUCCACACAUUGCUAGGAAACCCAGAAAGCAGAUGGAGCUAGACCCCAAGAUGGUGGAGAUCUUCAAAAAGGUUGAGGUAACCAUUUCCCUUUUUGAUGCUAUUCGCCAGGAACCUAAAUAUGCUAAGUUUCUAAAAUAUUUAUGCGUGAAUAAAGAUAAAAUACAUGACUUAGAAACUAUUCCUCUAGGUAGCUCUAUUUCUACUUUAAUGGGUGCCAUACCGAAAAAAUAUGGGGAUCCGGGUCCAUGCAUGGUUACCUGUACUAUUGAGGGUGUACAAUUUUUUGAUUGCAUGUGUGAUUUAGGUGCAUGUGUGAGUAUUAUGCCAUUAUCUAUAUAUGAUGCUUUGAGGCUUCCUCCCUUAAAAAGGUCGGCAGCACGUUUUGUUUUGGCAGAUAAAAGCAUAAUCUCAGUGGUGGGAAUUGCUGAAGACGUGCUAGUGAGCAUUAAGGGGUUGACAUUCCCUAUUGACUUCUACAUCUUGGAGAUGCCCCCUAAUGACUCAGGAAGACCAUCAUCCAUCCUGCUUGGAAGGCCAUUUCUGAAGACUUCAAGGUUCAAAUUGGAUGCCUUCUCAGAAACUUACUCUUUUGAGAUAGAUGGCAGAGCAGUGAGCUUCAACCUGGAUGAAGCUAUGAAGCACCCACCGGAAGAUCACUCCAUUCCAGUGCGACAUUAUUGA